AUGUCGAUGAGCCCCAAGCAUACGACCCCCUUUUCCGUGUCCGACAUCCUGAGUCCGCUGGAGGAGAGCUACAAGAAGGCGGCCGCCGCCGCCGCCGCUAUGGAGGCCGGCGGCGGAGGCUACCGGCAGCUGCAGGGGACCCCCCAGGCGGCCAUGCAGCAGCACCACCACCACCACCAUCACCACCACAUGGGGGGCGCCGGGGGGGGGUCGUACCACAUGAGCGCCGCCGGAGUGCCGCAGCUGUCCCACGGCUACUGCAACGGGAGCAUGCCCGGCGCCGGCGACCUGCACGCGGCGUCCUACCAGGCGGCGGAGGGCGUCAGGGCCGCCGGCUGGUACGGAGCCGGCCCCGCCGCCGCUGCCGCCGCCGCCGCCGCCGCCGCCGCCGACCCCCGGUUCUCCACCAUUUCCCGCUUCAUGGGCUCGUCGUCGGGCAUGAACAUGGGCGCCAUGGGCGCCAUGGGCGGCAUGGGCGGCAUGGGCGGCGCGGGCGCCAUGGGAGGCAUGGGCGGCCUGGGCUCCCUGGCGGAGGCCCACGCCAAGGCGGGCAUGCACGGCUCGCUGAGCUCGGCGCCGCGGCGCAAACGGCGCGUCCUCUUCUCGCAGGCGCAAGUGUACGAACUGGAGCGCCGCUUCAAGCAGCAGAAGUACCUGUCGGCCCCCGAACGCGAACACCUGGCCAGCAUGAUCCACCUGACGCCCACGCAGGUGAAAAUCUGGUUCCAGAACCACCGCUACAAGAUGAAGCGGCAAGCCAAGGACAAAGUGUCCCAGCAGCAGAUGCAGCACCAGGAGGGGGGGUCGUGCAGCCAGCAGCAGCAGCAGCAGCAGCAGCAGCAGCAGCAGUCCCCCCGCAGGGUGGCGGUUCCGGUUCUGGUCAAGGACGGGAAGCCGUGUCAAGGCAGCGGACCCGCCGCGGCGCAACAGCACCACCAACAGCAACACCAACACCAACACCACCCGCACCCGCAGCACCAGCAGCACCAGCAGCAAGCCGCCAACGUCAUGCUCAUGUCCGGCCCGCAGCAGCAGCAGGUGGGGGGCAGCGCCGGCCACUCCCCGGACCUGCAGGGGGGGCCUCCGCUCUCGGCCAGCCCCCCCGCGCUCCUCCACAGCCAAGUGGCCGGACUGUCGCACCUCAACUCGCCCGCCGCGGGGACCGAGUACGGAUCGGCGUUGCAGUGCUCGGCGCUCUUGUACGGCAGGACGUGGUGA